UGCGACCCGCCCAUACCAGUCUGGCCUGGAGCUGAGGGAACACGUCCUGGUCGCCUGCACCCGAACAGCCUGUCCUGCCUGGCACCCCUGACCUGGUCCCGUCAUGUCCCUGCGCCCCUUGCUCUGGCCGCUCCGGCUGCUGCUGCUGCUUCUGUUCAGUGGGGUGGUGUGCUGGGCUGAGGUCGGGCCAGAAACCGAAAGUCCUGUCCGGACCCUCCAAGUGGAGACCCUGGUACAGCCCCCCGAAUCGUGUACGGAAUCCGCCGCCUUUGGAGACACGCUCCACAUACACUACACGGGAAGCUUGGUAGAUGGACGCAUUAUUGACACAUCUCUGACCAGAGAUCCUCUGGUUAUAGAACUUGGCCAAAAGCAGGUGAUUCCAGGUCUGGAACAGAGCCUGCUGGACAUGUGUGUGGGAGAGAAGCGAAGAGCAGUCAUUCCUUCUCACUUGGCCUAUGGAAAGCGAGGGUACCCACCGUCUAUCCCAGCCUCUCCAGUGGAUGCAGUGGUGCAGCUUCUAACACUACCCCUGCCCUCUGCCUCUCCAGCGGAUGCAGUGGUACAGUAUGAUGUGGAGCUGAUUGCAUUGAUUCGAGCCAACUAUUGGCAAAAGCUGCUGAAGGGCAUUUUGCCUCUGGUGGGCAUGGCUAUGGUGCCGGCACUCCUGGGUCUGAUCGGGUAUCACCUAUAUAAAAAGUCCAGCAGAACCAAAGUCUCCAAAAAGAAGCUGAAAGAAGAGAAGCGAAACAAGAGUAAAAAGAAAUAAAUAGUGACCUUUAACAAAACUUUGUAUUCUUCACUUGA